GUGUGGUAUAAAAAGGAAAAUCCGAGAUGAGAAAACCAUCCUCACAAUUUCUGUUGUCAAAUCUCCUAGCUGCAAUACUCGAAAUCUGAAAUCCAAAUUUGUUCGAGGAUGUUUAAAAUUGCUAUCUUUGCUUUACUGGCUGUGUCGGUAUUGGCUAGAUACCAAAGAAUGCCUCCUGGUUUUGCCAGUGAACCGGCGCCGCCAAAAGUGUCUGAGCCAUCGCCAAAGGAAGCCGAGAUAUCUGAGCCAUCUCUUAGAGCCUACCAAUGCGGAAAAGCUCCAUUGCAUGAACCAUUGGACCAAAGAAUUGUCAAUGGUUCAAACUCGCCGGUGAGAGGAUCGUACCCUUUUAUGGUGAACAUCAAAAUGGGCUGGAACCACUGGUGCGGAGGUGCUCUGUAUGAUAAGUAUACAGUCAUUUCGGCUGCCCACUGCUUCUGGACUGGCAUGGAUCCCUCGCCUUUGAAACUGUUUUUUGGCGACAAACACCAGAAAUAUGGAUAUGAAAUCGAACAUGGCCAGGAGAGAAGAUACGUCAGAAGUGUCACGAUUCAUCCGAGGUACGGUCAGGACGGCUGGAACUCGAACGACAUUGCGAUUCUGAAAAUGACACAGUCCGUCCCUUUUACAGACAAGAUCCAACCUAUCUGCUUACCAAGCAUUGAGGUUCAAGGAGGUGAGAAGACAGUGACUUUGGGAUGGGGAUACACCAAGGGAACUGGCGACGGAAACAUCUUGAGUGUCGUCGAGGUUCCUGUGAUUUCCAGAGAUACGUGCAAGAAGUGGCUGGGCGGAUACUUCACAGAGACAAUGGUCUGCGCUGGAUUCGAAGAGGGGAUGCGGGACUCCUGCCAGGGAGACUCCGGAGGACCUUUGGCGAUGCAGAAUGAAGAGGGCUUCUUCGAACUCACAGGCGUGGUCUCUUGGGGAAACGGAUGUGCCCAGGCGAGGAACCCAGGUGUCUACACCGAAGUGGUGGACUACAUUGACUGGAUCAACGAAGUUGUUGGCACUCCGAGGUACUAAAGGACUCAAAAUUUCGAAAAGUCUGGACUUAAGAUGCUGAUAUGCGCUCUUAUUGUAACUUUUAUUAAUUUCGUAUUAUAACAUGAUAUAGGGGAGAUUGAAUUAAAGUUAUUAAAACAAAA